AUGAGAGUCUACGGUGAUUAUCAAGCUGACAAGGGAGAAAGUUGGAUUGUUCCAAUUAACUCUGAAUGUGUUGUCGAGUUGACUCGUUCUCUACAAACAACUGCUCUAAAACGGCUCAAAAUUAAUAAAAUUGAUGAUAAUGGCUUCGAAGUUCUUGCACGAUCUUUACCAAAGACUCUCGUUCAUCUUGAUUUGGCUGAAAACAAAAUUAAUGAAGAAAAAAUUCCUACUAUACAUUCUUAUCUUCAAUCAAAUGGUGAAAAUCUCAAAGAACUAAUUCUCGAUGAUAAUCUUGCAACUCAAUAUUUCCAAAAACAAGCAUCCUCAUCGUUAUCGACAGUUAAAAUCGUAUGGAAUAGCACUCGUGAAAUUCUCUAUCGAAUGGUAUAUAAUAGUUGGGGUUUUAUUUGA